AUGGCUUCCUCCUCUUUCACCUCCGUCCUCGAGCUGCAGGACAUGCACCUGCCAGCCCCGCCAGUACGAGCGGCGAAGCAUGUCGCCGACGGGUCGCAUCUCCGUGACGGGUCGCAUCUCCGUGACGGGUCGCACCUCCGUGACGGGUCGCACCUCCGUGACGGGUCGCAUCCCCGUGACGGGUCGCCUCCCCCUCCGGCCGCCGUUCCGCCGCCGGCCGAGCUGGGCAGUUUGGAGUCCCUCGCAAGACCGGCGACACGCGCGGCCGAGUCCUGGAACGAGCCGAAGCGCAACUCGUACCGGCUCGGCGCUGCCUUCUGGUGCUUUCUCGUCAUGGGUGCCAACGACUCUGCCUACGGCUGCCGCGUCGUCGUCCGUCGACCGUCGCCCGACGGUAUCGUCGAUUCUUGGCCCCGUGCUGAUGGAAGCCCGGCGCAGCUCGAACGGUACUACGGCCUCAGCUACGUCGUCGUCUCCCUCGUCUUCCUCUCGCCCUUUCUCGGCUACGUCUCAUCCGCCAUCCUCAACGACUACCUGCACCGCCGGCUCGGCCAGCGCGGCGUCUCCGUCGUCUGCGCCCUGAGCCACCUGGCCGCCUACGCCAUCAUCGCCGGACACCCGCCCUACCCCGUCCUCGUCUUUGCCUUUCUCGUCGCCGGCUUCGGCAACGGCGUCGCCGACGCCGCCUGGAACGCGUGGGUCGGAAACCUCGCCCGCUCGAGCGAGCUGCUCGGCUUCCUCCACGCCCUCUACGGCGCCGGCGGCGUCGUGAGCCCGCUCGUGGCAACCACCAUGGUCGCCAAGGCUGGCCUGGAGUGGUACUCCUUUUACUACAUCAUGAUUGGCCUCGCCAUCGUCGAGCUCGUCACCUUGACCGGCGCCUUCUGGCACUCGACCGGCGCCGUCUAUCGCGCCACAUGCGGCGAGCACGGCGAGGGCGGUGCCGGCGGUCGGUCGAGCCUCGUCGAUGCCCUCUUCCGCAUGCCCUCGGCCCGCGUCUGCUGGGUGGCCGCCCUCUUCCUGUUCUGCUACGUCGGCGUCGAGGUCGCCCUCGGCGGCUGGAUCGUCACCUUCAUGCUCAAGGUCCGUCAGGGCGACGAGUUUGCGAGCGGCAUGUCCGCCGUCGGCUUCUGGCUCGGCAUCACCGUCGGCCGCGCCGUCCUCGGCUUCGUGACGCCGCGCAUCGGCGUCAAGACGUCGACCGCCGUGUACAUUGUCGUCGCCAUGGGCCUCAACCUCGUCUUUUGGUUCGUCCCCCAGUUCCACGUCUCGGCCGUCGCCGUCGCACUCCAGGGCUUCUUCCUCGGCCCCAUCUUCCCCAACACCAUCCUCGUCGCCGGCCGGCUGCUCCCGAAACACCAGCACGUCAGCGUCAUAGGCUUCGCCUCGGCCUUUGGCGGCUGCGGCGCCGCCCUGCUGCCCUUCCUCACCGGCUUGCUGGCGCAGUCGUCCGGCGUCGGCGUUUUGCUGCCCAUGACGCUCGUGCUGCUGGGGACCAUGCUCUUCAUCUGGCUGCUGUUUCCGCCCAUCGAGAAGAAGAGAGACUAG